AUGGCCGGCGGUGGACACGGAUACCGUAAGUCGUGCGGGAGGUCAUUUCAUUGCAGCUCUCAGAGUGGACUCACAUGCCCCCCCCCCCCCCCCCCCUCCUCUCGUGCCCGUGCUCAGAACCGGUCAAGGUAACACCACCUCCUGUCGCCUCCGCCCGCGCACCACACCUCGUCCAGAAACUCUCUGUACUCACCCCAACUAUACUUUUCAUCGGCCUGUUCCAGAUUGACCCCGCAGUCGAGUCAUGGGCUUACAUGGUAUGUUCCGGUCGAGCUGAGCUGUUGUUCGUGCGCUCGCGAGCUAGUCGCGCCCUGGUGGGCCCACCUCGACCUGACCGGUCCUUCUUCUUCCUUUCGAUCUUCCCUCGAAACACAGCGAGAGAACGUCUGGCGUCACUUCCGCUUCACGAACCGCACCACACGCCUCUCGUUGAUCUGGGGCGUCCUCGUCCCCGUCGCCGUCUACGCCGUCGCUCUCCGAACAGAUGUACGUACACCUUCAACCCUCCCCUUCCUCAGACUCAGACUCACCCGACCGUAUCGUGCCCAAAUUCGAAUCCACCAACAGUUGAAAUGGGACGUGAUCGGCGCCAAGAAGGACGACCCGAUCGCGCGAUGGGGACCGAUGGCCCUGAAGCCGAGUGAACGAGCAGCUGCAGCUGCUGCUGCUGCAAAGGGGGCAGAGGACGACGAGUAG